AUGACGAAUAAAGUGUCCCGAACGAGAACAGGGGACCUCAAACAACGUAGAUCCCGGCGGGGCUGUCGAAACUGCAAACUUCGAAAGGUGAAAUGUGAUGAGUUGAGACCGCACUGCCAGGGCUGUAGGACGUAUGGUGUUUUGUGCAAUUACGAUGCGAAUGUCCCUGAGCUGCAACUCUCGACUGAGGCGCGGCCUCAAAAACUGCUAGGUAAUGGCGCUUUAGCUAUGCGGAAAGUGUCGAGAGCACCGGGCCCGAAUCCAAGGGUUUCUAUCCUCAACACUGGCGCCAUGGGUGGUUUUACUGUCCCUUUUGGGCUGGAUCAUAAACGUUCCAGGCUUCUUUACCAUUUUCGCACUUGCAUGGCACCCAGCUGGAGAGAUGCUCGGGAUGGAUGCCUUCAGCUGGCACACGAAUAUCCUUUUCUCAUGCACACCAUAUUAGCUGUUGGAAGUGCUUAUGAGCGUCAUCUUACAUCGCCACCAAACGUUCCCUCACGUCGGACCUUCUCUGAAAUAUCCAACUUUUCCCAGUCUACUUCUCUUCUCGGCGAGCAGCUGCGCAAGUCAAUUGUACCACAAGCUAAGGAUGCUAUCUGGGCCUGUGCAACGCUCUACGGCGCUCUCUUGUUUGUCGCUGUGGAUGCCACAAGUCCUGAAGAAGCCUGGCCACUCAAGGAUUCUGCUUGUGACCUAGACUGGAUCCCAAUGGUCGAUUCUAAAUGGGUUCUCUGGAAUCUUUUGGAGCCGAUGCGCCCAGAUAGUAUAUUCCGAUGCCUGGCCGACACAUACGCUGAUUUACGUAUUGACGCACCGCCAAACGGCGUUUAUGGCGUUUCUCCAUUGUUGGCGAGGCUGUGUGGGCUAGAUGAGAUGUCUACCGCUGAGACGAACCCAUAUUUUGAGGCGGUCCACGCGAUUUCUCAACUCACUGGCCCGCCAGAGAGUCGCGAGUACCUUGCAAGAGUUCUUGCCUUUUUAAGUUGCAUGUCGCAGUCUUUCAAGGCUUUGAUGGCGAGCAAAGAUGCUCGAGCACUACUGCUACUCGUGCUGUGGUAUAACAAAGCGGGCCGAACUGUCUGGUGGAUCGAAAUGCGAGCCAGGGUAGAACGUCGGGCGAUAUGCUUGUAUCUCCGACGAUAUCAUGCUGAUGACCCUGACAUCCAAGAACUCCUUCGUUAUGAAUAA